AGGUUCCAGAAUCUGUAGCCGCUGUAGCCUGGAUGGUCAUUAUGGGUGAUGGUCUGCACAAUUUUACAGACGGAAUGGCUAUCGGUGCUGCAUUUGCCCAAAGUAUUUCUGGUGGCCUCAGUACAAGUGUUGCAGUCUUUUGUCAUGAAUUACCGCAUGAAUUAGGUGAUUUCGCCGUUCUCUUGAAAACUGGUAUGCGAAUCAAAGAGGCAAUGUUUUUCAAUAUUGUCUCAUCAAUACUUUGUUUAUUUGGUAUGUUAGUUGGUAUUGCAGUUGGUAAUAUUGAAUCAGCAAGUUAUUGGAUAUUUGCUAUUACUGCUGGAACAUUUAUAUACAUUGCACUUGUUGAUAUGCUACCGGAACUCAAUACAGUGGAACUGAGACCAGGUCAAACACGUAUUGGACAACUAGCUAUACAAGUGGCUGGAUUGACAACUGGAGUUGGUAUUAUGCUGGUCAUAGCGUUAUUUGAAGAUUCUAUACGUGUAUUUGUUGACUAGAUAAAAACAAGUAAACAAACAAACAAAGAAAACACAAUAUUGACGAUAGCAUUUAUAGUGAAAGCCUUCUUUACCCUCUGUGUGUGUGUUAACGAUCGAUAACAGAUUGGAAGCUACUACACUCAAACAUUGGACUGACUGGUCUAGUUAGCUCAUAUUUUCAUCUCUUUUUUCAAUUUCCCACACUUCAUCUGGUGAUUGUUAUUAUCUGCAUCCAUGUUCUUCUUAACAUAUCGAAAUUAAGAAGACCAUUAACUUUAUCUACUCUGACAAGUACAGUCGUCAAUAUGUUAACAAUAGCUAAAAUGACAUAGCUGAAAUAAUUUAUAUAUGUAUACUCUACAUUUUCUCACUCUUUCUGCAUCCUUCUGUUCUUUGUGUGCUUUGAAUUUACUUAUAACACUUUUAUAAGCUGUAUUUUCUACAUUCUCAAGUAUAUAUAUACAUAUAUAUGUGUGUUCGAAU